UGGUUUAAUCCGCAGCCUCUUUCUGGUACAGCAGCCUGAACUCCUCUCGGUCUUUGCGACUUUAAUUUAGGUGUAUUCAUUUGUUCUUGAGGUCAUCACCAUGAGCACUCUGAACCAGCAGUAUGAGGAGAAGGUCCGUCCCUGCAUCGAUCUCAUCGACUCCCUCCGCUCUCUCGGUGUAGAGAAGGACUUGGCGCUGCCCGCUAUUGCCGUGAUAGGAGACCAAAGCUCCGGGAAGAGCUCUGUGUUGGAGGCGCUGUCAGGGGUGGCACUGCCGAGAGGCAGUGGCAUUGUAACAAGAUGCCCUCUUGAACUCAAGAUGAAAAGAAAGAAAGAAGGAGAAGACUGGAGUGGAAAGAUAAGUUACCCGGGCCACGAGGAAGAAAAGAUAGGAGACCCUACAUCUGUGGGUGAAAAGAUUGAAGAAGCUCAGAAUGAAAUGGCUGGGGUUGGUGUGGGGAUCAGUGAUGAGCUCAUCAGUUUGGAGAUUGCCUCUCCUGAUGUUCCAGACCUGACGCUCAUUGACCUCCCCGGCAUUGCCAGAGUGGCUGUAAAAGGACAACCCGAGAACAUCGGUGAUCAGAUAAAAAGACUGAUCCAGAGGUUUAUCAAAAAACAAGAAACCAUCAGUUUGGUGGUUGUUCCAUGCAAUGUGGAUAUCGCAACCACAGAGGCUUUGAAGAUGGCACAGCAGGUGGAUCCUGAAGGAGAGAGGACUUUGGGUAUCUUGACUAAACCUGACCUGGUGGACAAAGGCACUGAACAGACGGUGGUUGAAAUUGUCCAUAAUGAAAUCAUCCCCCUGAAGAAGGGCUACAUGAUUGUGAGGUGCAGGGGUCAGAAGGAGAUCACAGAGAAGGUGUCUCUCAAUGAAGCACUAGAAACAGAAGAGGUCUUCUUCAAAGAUCAUGCCUAUUUCCACACUCUUUACAGUGAGGGUCGCACUGUUCCCAAACUGGCUGAAAAACUCACCCUCGAGCUGGUGCAUCACAUUGAGAAAUCACUGCCUAGACUGGAAGAGCAGAUAGAGGAGAAACUUGCCCACACUCAGGCAGAGCUGGACAGAUAUGGUAACGCCCCAUCUGAUCCAGCUCAGAGACUCAUCUUCCUCAUUGAUAAAGUGACAGCAUUCACCCAGGAUACCAUCAGCCUGACUACAGGAGAGGAGCUCAACUGUUGAGAGAACCUCAAUGUUUUUACUUCACUGAGACAAGAUUUUGGGAAAUGGAAAGCCUUCCUAGACCACUCAGGAGAAAACUUUAACAAGAAAAUUGAAAAAGAGGUGGACUCAUAUGAAGAGAAGUACCGUGGAAGAGAACUGCCAGUUAUCAACUAUAAGACCUUUGAGGUCAUGGUGAAGGAGCAGAUCAAACAGCUGGAAGAACCCAGCUGUCAAGAACUCAAGGACAUAGCAGAUGCUAUUAAGAGGUUCUUACAGCUGGCCCAAAGAAACUUUACUGGAUUUCCUAACCUCAUAAAAACAACCAAGGCAAAAAUCGAAGAUAAGCAGCAAAAAGAGGCCACUGCUGAAUCAAUGCUGAGAACUCAGUUCAAGAUGGAGCUGCUGGUUUACUCUCAGGACAGGACCUACAGCAGCAGUUUGAGUGAAAGCAAGAAAGAGGAGGAUGAAGAGCAGGAGAAAUAUCUUCACAAAGGCAUGCUGCGUAUGCCUGAAAUAAGCCGUGUGUACACCAAGGAUAACCAUGCCACACUUCUGGAGCUGAUGCUACAUCUUAAAUCAUAUUACAGAAUUGCUGGCCAGAGGUUGGCUGAUCAAAUCCCACUGGUGAUCCGCUACCACAUGCUGCAAGAAUCUGCCAUCCAGCUGCAGAGGGAGAUGCUGCAGAUGCUUCAGGACAAAGAAAAUUUGGAGUUCCUGCUGAAGGAGGACUCUGACAUUGGCAGCCAAAGGGCCGCUUUGCAGAGUCGCCUCACACGCCUCAUGAAGGCCCGCGGGUAUCUGGUCGAGUUCUAAAUGUGAAAGCUUUGCAGCCAGUGGUGUCAGUUGAUGGGGAGACAUAUGAUAUUUUACUCUAACAUGUAGUCUUUUCAUUCAAGAGAGAUAAAUUUGAUGCACUCAAUGCAAAUUUUUAAAAACUGCUUAAACAAUCACUUAUAUAUAUUGGUU